AUGCUUUUAAAAAAGUUGAAGAAUCUCAUUAAUAAUCAAUCAUCUGGUAAUGACAACAGUGACUUAAUAUUCAUUCCUAAUUUGGAUGACAAUAAUACCUCUAAUACAAUUCCUAAAUCAUUAAUAUACCAAACUAGAUUUAAUAGGGGUGUUAAUUUUGGAUCUAUGUUUGUUUUGGAAAAGUGGAUUUAUCAUUCUUUGUACCCACCUAAUUGUCCGAGCGAUUGUGAAUUGGACUGUAUGAAAUCAUGUUCUAAUAUUGAAGACAUUGCUACUAAGCUAACUGAUCAUUAUAAGGUUUUUAUUGAUGAUGAUGGACAAUGGGAAUGGCUGAGUAAACAAGCAGGUGUGAAUAGUAUUAGAGUACCAAUUGGAUAUUGGCAUGUCAAAAAUGGAGAUAUUUUGGCAGAAAGCAGUAUUUCGGACAGCCUCUUAUUUAAACAAGUGAUCAAAGUUUAUCAAAUGGCUAAACCAUACGAUUAUUUAAGAAAAUUAAUUGAAAAGUGCGAAAAAUAUAACAUAGGUGUGCUAAUAGAUUUACAUGGCCUACCAGGUAGUGUUAAUGGCCAGAGCCAUAAUGGGGAAAUCGUUAAUCCACCGAAAUUUUUCGAACAGGAAGCGUAUAGCAGCUUUAUUAUUAAGGAGAUUAUCCCCUUUUUAGUUAAUGAUUUACAAAAUUUUGAAAACAUUAUUGGAUUACAAGUAGUCAAUGAAGCUUCUUUUGCCGAUAAAAACAGCAACCUUGAAAAUAAAGAAAUGGAUUACUACUUGGAUUGUUUGAAGACUGUGCGUGGUUUGGAUUGUUCGUGGCCCGUUAUUAUUAGUGACGGAUGGUGGCCGGAACAAUGGAGCGAUUGGGUAAAUAAGAUGGGAUUAGCCACUGAAAUUGUAAUCGAUUCGCAUUGCUAUCGUUGUUUUUCCGAUAGUGAUAAGAAUAAAACGGUUACACAAAUUAUUGGUGAAUUACCACAGACAUUUAAUUUACCAGACACUGCUGAUUUUGUAGUUGGUGAAUUUAGUUGUGUUUUAGAUGGGGCAAGUUGGGGAAAAACAUCUGUUAGCGGUGCUGAUAGGGAGGAACUAGUUAAACAAUUUGGAAAUAAACAAGUUGAAAUAUUUAACGAAAGAGCUCAUUUUGGGUGGUUUUUUUGGACGUUCAAAUUUGAACUUGGGGACGGUGGAGAAUGGGGCUUUGUUCCCAUGAUCGAAAAGGGAUGUAUUCCAGGGGCAAAAACGGGUUGUGAAGAAUUUAAUAUUGAUGAAAAUAGAAUUGGUCAGAUUGUUGCUGAGCAUGUCAAUUAUUGGAAAAAUAAUUGUGGUGGUAAUGAUUCCAAAUUUGAACAUUGGAGAUUUGAGGAUGGCUUGAAGCAGGCAUGUGCUGAUAUUUCUGAUUUCGCCAAGUUCAAUAAUUCCAGAAUUGGUAGGGUUAAGUUUUGGAAAAAUUUUAGAAGACAAAACUACUUAAGAACGAAAAAUGACAGUGAAUAUAUGUGGGAGUGGGAUCAAGGUUAUGAACGUGGGUUAAAUGAAUUCAACCGUUAUUGA